ACAAAUACAGAAUUUUGUGACGCUCGCUUGGGUCGUAUUUGUGUCUUACGAAUAAAAUAAUAUGAAUUUGUUUUGAAAAUGGAUGAUCAAAAAUAUUGCAGAGUAUGUCUUGUGACUGAUGUUAAGAUGUUUAAUUUGGAAACUACAACGAGUACGUCAAUCGGUGUAGUUUACUCUCACUUGGCUCAAAUUCCGAUAUUUGACGGCAACCAAUAUGUGUGUUUUGAGUGUGCAAGCCUUCUACACAAGUUUCAAGAGUUCAAAUCGAAAUGUCUCAGAGCAAACAAUAUACUGUCUAGAUUUGAAGUUGGUUCAACACAGGCAACAAAAUCAUCUAUUAAAAAUGUAGAUAGAAAAAUAAAUAAAUUGGAAUCUACUUUAAAAAUUUCCUGUGUGGAGAUGUGUGUAUGUACCUCCUAUGAAGAUCCUGCAAAUUACAUAGAAAUCGAAAUAAAUAAAGUUGAAGAAAAUGAAGUCAAACCUUCAGAUAUUUGUGUUAAAAUUGAAGAGGAUAAUAAAACUGAAAUAGAUAAAAUACCAGACUUUGAUGGAGGUCACAAUGAUACAGACGAUGAUUAUAAUUUAUCUUCAGAAGAAACGACUUCGGUCAACAUUGUAUCUAGCAAUCCUCCAAAACGAAAAAGAAAAGUAAACACACAAACAAAAACUAGCAAAAAAAGAAAAAUCAAAAGUGAAAACGAUCUUGAUGAUGAUAAACCUCUUUCUAAAUCUGUCACUAAGAAGGUUGCAUCUGCCAAACCAACAAAAAAGGUUGCUGCUUCAAAGCCUAUUAAAAAGGUUGCAGCUGCAAAGCCAGUUAAAAAGGUUGCAUCAACAUCUCCAAAACGUGUUAAAAAGGUUGGAUCAUCGAAGUCUACAGAAAAAGAUGAAACAGAAAAGGCUAGUAAAAAAAAGGAUGGAGUUGAUAUAGCAUUCUUUGAUAACUAUGCCACAGUUGAGUUUCUCACACAUGAAGAUGCCAGAAAAGAGGUGCUACUAAGAAGAGAGUCUACUAACUACAAAGUGUCUCCAUUUAAAUGUGAUUUGUGUUAUAGAGGAUUUGAAGCUAAAAGUGCAUUUGAGAAUCAUAUGAAAAGACAUAAAACAGAAUUUGGUGAUCAUGAAUGUGAGGUCUGUCACCUGAGGUUUCCGACACAGGUGAAACUAUGUAAACACCGGCUUUCAUGUCAUAAGAGAAAGUUUAGCUGUAAAUUGUGUUCUUAUGUAUGUUAUUGCAUAUAUCAAGCAAAAACUCAUGUUAGUUUACACAAAGGAACGAAAUAUCCAUGUAAACACUGUGGUGAAUUAUUCAGUAUGCCAAACAGUCUACUAAUGCACAUGCGUAUGAAGCACUUGAAGGAGUCGGUACGCGAGAGUGUCUGUGAGAUGUGUGGCAGCACGUUCAGAACACCACACGGGUUGUACCUGCAUAACAUGAAGGUGCAUAGACAGGAAAAGAAUGAGAAGCUUGGCCCCAAAUGUGACGACUGUGGCGUGCACUUUGCAUCGGAACUGGCUUGGAAGCGACACUUAGUGAUUGCAACCAAACAUAAAGUCAGUAACGGCUGCAAAUUCUGUGGAGAAACUUUUGCAAACGAAGACGACUUGAAGACUCACCUGAAAGUGCAUUCACGAAAGCAAAUCAAUAGAAAUCUAACGAAGUUGCCUGGCCCUUGUGCUAUAUGUCACAAAUGGGUAGAGAAUCGCGCGGAGUACAAAGCGCACAUGACGUCAGAACACCCGCAGUGCGACGAGGCGAAGAAGUUCCACCAAGAAGAUCAGACGCCUUUCGUCUGUGAAGUCUGCGGGAAGAUGUUCAAGAAACAAUGCUUCCUCACGUACCACCAGCGCAAGCACACGGGCGAGCGUCCAUACAAGUGUCCUGUGUGCGACAAGGCGUUCCAGCUGGCCGGCGCCCUCACCAUCCACCGCGCCGUGCACGAGCGCACGCGCACGCACAAGUGCCACGUGUGCGAGAGAGUCUUCACCUUCCGCACUACGCUCAACAAGCACAUGAAGAUACACCUCGGCAUCAGACCUCACAAAUGCACUCUCUGCGAAAAAGGCUUCAUUCACUUGUGCGACUUGAAACUGCAUAUAAAAUACGUGCACGACAAGGUGCCCUGGCCUAAGAAGAAAAACAAGAGGAAUGUUGAUGAUACAGCUUAUUUAGACUAUAAUUGAUCUUCUUCAAGUAUCAAGAUUAUUUGCUCCUGAAUCUUUUUUCGCCUCUACAUUUGUAGGGUGACCUGAUAAAUGCAAUAGAAUGGAAUGUUAGCUUAAUGUGUACUGGUUACACGCUUUGAAUCGGUAUUAUUGUCUGUAUAAAGCUUUGGAAUUUUGUAAUGUAAUCGUGAUGAAUGAAAUGUGUAUUAUAGAAUCGUGUAAGUAAUAAAUAAUGGAUAUUA